UUUUAACAUAAAGUGAUUAAUGAACAAACGUCUUAUCAAUUAAUUAUGAUUCCUCAAAGCACCAUGUUCAUUGCCCUAUAAAAUCAUCUCUCGUUCAUUGAUACCACUCAAACAUCUACCAAUAUCAAAAGCAAAAGAAAAUAUGACAAAGUCUCUUCACAUUGCAAUGUUUGUAUCUAUAGUAAUGUUAUUCACGUCAAAUUCGAUUUCUUCCCAGGAAAUUGAUCAAUAUUCACAAGAGGCACCAGGAGAUGUGAAGAUAUCUCCCACAUCGGAUUUUGAUAUUUACGUCGAAUAUCCUGAUGAAUCUUCAUUUAAAGAAGCCGAUUCACCCGCACUGGAAGCUGAGGUGAAGUUUGAACAUCAUUACACGGACAAACAGUUCCGUUUUCUUGAGGUUUGCGCUCAAAAGCUGACCUCAUCACACUGUGGAGAUGUUCUUUUCAAGAACAUGGUAGGUGAGGGAACGCCAGUAUUGUUAGCUGAAUGUUGUGCUGAGCUACUAAAGAUUGGAAAAGAUUGUUAUCUAGGAACGGCUCAAGUUAUUUUAUCGACUUACGAGUAUAGAAAUAUUGCGUCUAAGGCUAUUCCGAAAAGCAAACAGACAUGGAAUGAUUGUGUUCGUCUAACUGAGAAUUGAAACUCAGAUGGGCAGUUUGAUCGUUAUUGAGGAACUAAACUAAUUGAUAUUCCAUUGUGAUGAUGUUUUAUAUAUGCGAUUAUGUAACUCACGCGUCAUGACAAUUACCAUUAUAUAAAUAAAGUUAAAGAUCUUUUUACAGAUCUUAUAUUAGUAUACAUGACUCGUUGAAAUAACAUGCAAGAAUCAACGAUCAACAUGGAUUGUAUUAUUUUUAGGUAUCUUUAAUGGAUAUAUAUUUCUAGGGUAUCAUAAAUAUCUUGAUUCCUGGCAACAUAAUUACAUAUAUCUAUGAGCUCUCCACUCCAAAUCACACAACCCGACCCACCAUUCUGGAUAUUCGUAUCCGCAAACCCGGUAAAGUUACUAAUGCACUUCUCCUUGCAUUGCUUUAACCCGAUUCUCCUAACAUUAUUCUACUAUAUGUGUUCCCAAACAACACAAUAAGUUAUUGUCAAUAACUAAUCUUAUGUCCAAAAAUAUAAAAAAAUAGGUCCAGUCUUUUUAAUAACUUUUUAUUUAUAUUUUUAAAUUAUUUGAUUUAAAUCCACUCAAAUAAUUUAUACGAAGUUGAAAAUAACUAUAACUAUUUUUGUGGGUUUAGAUACUACAGAAAAGCAUUUAACUUGAAAUUAAUUAAAUUAAAAUUUUAUUUUGUUUGUAUUUUCAGAAAUAAAAAAUCGAAUUCCUUUUAACUUAAUAAAUAUUAGAUUGUUCUUUGUAAAUUAUUUUUAUUAAUUCAUAAGAACAUAUUAUUAUAUAUGCUAUAUUAUGCUUGGUUUAAGUUAAAAUUAAAUAGUUUUAUAGAAAUAAAAUGUUAGAAUCAAUAAAUUAACAUCAAAUAAGUUUUAUAAUUAAAAUUUUAUCAAAUAAGCAUAUAUUGAAAAUUUAAUCCAACAAAUUAAAGAUGUUUUCUUAAAACCUCGUAAUGAUACAGGUUGAAGUAAUUAAAAAAAAAAAUUAAGUAAUAUUUUAGAUAAUUUUCCUCUUUAAUAAAAUAAUUUAUUAUGUAUGUUUAAAUACACUAAAAUAAAAAUGUUAAAACAUUACUUAUAUAAUAAUGUUAAAAUAUAUUGAUAUUAUAAAUUAGAUUUUUUUUAAAAGAUAUUUUCGCACAUUUAAUCGUGGGUUAUAGUCUAGUAUAUUUUAAAACCUAACUAUUAAAUGCUGAAUUUUAUGAAGUUAUAACAUAAAGUGAUUAAUGAACAAACGUCUUAUCAAUUAAUUAUGCUUCCGCAAAGCAUCAUGUUCAUUGCCCUAUAAAAUCAUCUCUCAUUCACUGAUACCAAUCAAACA